AUGGACGCGUCAUGUCAAUGCGCAACCAUAUCAUUUCGAACACCUACGUCGAAGCCACUGGCAAUUUACAUCUGCCAUUGCCGCGAAUGUCGCAAACAAUCAUCUUCUGCAUUCGGCGUGUCUGCUAUUUUUCCAUACUUUGAAUUACCUGCGCACUUGCGGCCUCAGCUGGGUUGCUAUGUUCGGGAAACAAGCACGCCGGGAAAAAGACUCAAGUGUUAUUUCUGCCGGCUUUGCGGGGUGCGGGUCUUACACUUUAGUGUGACAGUGAAGGCAAAUGGAGAUGAAGGCAAGGACGAAGAAGAACUCCCUGACUCAACAGUGAGUGUCAAAGGCGGAUGCCUUGACGAAGUGGUCGAAGUAUUGCCUGCAGCAUCGUUGGUGCGGGGCAUAUCUAGUGGGUCCGAAUCCGUGAAGGAUGCAGAAGAAGUCAUCGCAAAGAAGAAUGUGCAAGACGUGCAAAGGUGGGACGAAGAGCCUGACGACGGAUUUUAG